AUGACGUCAGAAUUCGUUGGUACACUACCCACCGAAGUACUCUGCCGAAGCAGACCACAACUGCCAUGGGGUUGCUCCAACGAUCCACUCUGCUAUCCUCAAGAGUACAAUAGAAAGUCAGUAUUGAGCAACGCUUGCAAAUCAAGAAGUGUUGCUAGAACUUACAUUGCUAUAACAGCACUCAAUCGUUCUGCGCGCUACAACGAGAAUUUUUCGAUCACAAAAUCGUCUUAUUACGUGGACUAUUCUUUAGAUCGGGUCAGCCAAACCAACAAGGAAACGGGAUUAAGGGUGGGCAGCUACAUGUGGGCUAUAACAGAAGCCGCCUUAGAUACUGUACAAUAUAUGGAUUUAGAAAUUCCAGAAGAAAUAACAUCGCUAAUACAUCCGGAAAAUUACACAAAAGUAGCGACUUCGAUGUUCAGGAAAUUUGGAGAUAGUUCGCUGGCCACUAAUACGAACUGGUCGAUGAGUGUGGAGGCGGCUAUGACGGAAAUGGGAAUGUGCCAUGUCAUUAAUUCUAAUGUUGCAAAAUACGACAAUCCUCGGAAAUGGAACGAAAUGACUGCAUAUGUCAAAAACAAUGUGGAACUUUCCGUGUUUGAAGUGGACUUUUACGCUCAGCUAACUAAUUACGCACCUGUUUACAAGGUAUUUAUUCACAGUCCUGAUGAAAUCACAACUAGCACGACAUCAACUUUUACCGUCGAUGUAGAAGGAAAACAUGAACGCAUUUGCCAUAUAAACGAAUUAAAAUGCGUUCGAUAUUAUAGAAAAGAAAUAAUAUCUUUAAGACCUUCUGAAAAAACUUUGAAAAAAUUCAACUACGCCAAAGAUUUACCAAGAACAUCGAGUGAUUGCGGCUGCCUCAGCACUUGUGAACUAGAUUUAUAUUACAAAGACAACGAAGAUUAUAUUCCUAAAACACCGCUGAACCAACUCAAAAUAAAAAUCACUUCAUUUCCAAAAGUCAGAGUUGUAAGAGAUAUCAUUUUUAAUUAUUAUGAUAUUUUGCGUAAG